UACACGUAGAUUCUGUCUUAUCAACACUCGGCACCACAUGUCCCCAAUCAAACGAGAAAUAGCCACGAACCUGUCAGUCACAUAACCCAAAAUCACCGACCUGUCAAUCUAUCCUUACGAAUAAAAAUUAUAAAGGCAAAAAAGAAGAGCUAUAGAAAAAUGCGAAAUUUAUGUCUGUAAAUGAUUACGGCGAUAAUCAAGCCAAUUCGCAAUGCCAAUUUCUCUUACCUCCCGCCACGUAGCGGUGAUUGGUGCCGGCGCCGCCGGCCUUGUCGCUGCUCGUGAGCUCCGCCGGGAAGGUCAUAAGGUUGUAGUAUUCGAACGAGAAGCCCAAAUUGGCGGCACCUGGGUCUACGAUCCCCAUGCCGAGCCAGAUCCGUUGAGCCUCGAUCAGAAUCGAUCCAUAAUCCACUCAAGCCUCUACAGCUCUCUCCGAACCAACCUCCCAAGAGAAGUGAUGGGUUUCAGAGACUACCCGUUUAUAUCCAAAGCCGACAAAACGAGAGACCCAAGAAGGUUCCCGGGCCACAGAGAGGUGUUGCUGUAUUUGCAAGAUUUUGCGAGAGAAUUUAAGAUUGAGGAAAUGGUCAGGUUUGAGACUGAGGUGGUUCAUGUUGGGUUAGUGGAGGAUAGUAAGAAGUGGAAAGUGAGGUAUAAAAAGAAGAGAGUUGAUAACGAUGCUGAGUUUGGUAUUGGUUUUAAUUUUGAUGAUGAGAUUUAUGAUGCUGUUUUGGUUUGCAAUGGGCAUUACACUGAACCUCGUGUAGCUGAAAUACCAGGCAUCAGUUCUUGGCCAGGGAAGCAAAUGCAUAGCCACAAUUAUCGAGUUCCUGAACCCUUCCAAGACCAAGUGGUAAUUUUGAUUGGGAGUUCAUCAAGUGCUGUUGAUAUAUCCAGGGAAAUUUCUGGCGUUGCCAAAGAGGUCCAUGUUGCCUCAAGAUCGGUUGCAAAUGAAAAAUAUGAAGAGCAGCAUGGAUAUGAUAAUAUAUGGCUUCAUUCUAUGAUAGAAAGCGUUCAUGAAGAUGGUUCUGUAGUCUUCCAAAAUGGAAGAAUAGUCCAAGCUGACAUCAUUCUACAUUGCACUGGGUACAAAUAUCACUUCCCCUUUCUUACCAAUGGCAUUGUGACUGUGGAUGACAAUCGUGUGGGACCAUUAUACAAGCAUGUUUUCCCUCCCAUUUUGGCGCCUUGGCUUUCAUUUGUUGGGUUACCAUGGAAGGUUGUCCCUUUCCCAAUGUUUGAAUUUCAAAGCAAGUGGAUUGCUAGUGUUUUAUCAGGUAGGGUUGCACUUCCAUUGCAAGAGGAGAUGAUGAAAGAUAUUGAAGCUUUCUACCUGUCACUUGAAGCUUCAAACAUUCCGAAAAGAUAUACUCAUAACAUGGGUGAUCAUCAGUUUGAUUAUAACAAUUGGCUUGCUGCUCAAUGCGGGUGUGAAGGGAUUGAAGAAUGGAGAAAGCAAAUGUAUUGCGCUACCAGCAACAACAGGCGCCUCCGGCCAGAUACAUAUCGUGAUGAAUGGGAAGAUGAUCACCUGAUCUUGGAAGCCAACGAAGACUUUAUUCAAAAGGAUUUACAAAGAGUUUCAUCUCUCAAUAAAGCAAUUUAAACAGUCAAUGCCAUGAGAAACUCUCAAAAGGAUUUAUAUUGGAUAAGUUGGAGCUACUUGAAUGUGUUCUUACUGUGGAAUGCACCUGAUUCUGAUAAUUUAUGGGUUUAGUUUUGAGACUAACCCUCUCUCAGGUUAUAAA